AUCUAUUCUUUCGUCUAUGGUUUUUGCUAGGGUCAAAAUCGGUGUGUGAAUAAAAAUAUUUUUCUGAAUUUAGAUACUUUAAUUUAAAAUCAAGUGCUCCUAAUUGAUAAGGAGCAGGUUCAGCUUUAAUAAAAUAUUCCCUAGGUUCUGAACCAGGAUAAUCUUCUAAAAUGGCAACGAUAUCAUUUGCCAAAAGUUUGGUUAACCCAGCUUUAAAACUGGUAUUAAAACAGAGCCAGUACACACAUCUCAGAAACACUGUUGGCCUGCCUAGCAUCACUCCCUUCAGUAUUGUGCUGCGAAGAAAUUAUGCGGAAAAACAAGUAUUUGAGAGAAAUAAGCCUCAUUGCAACGUCGGUACCAUUGGACACGUCGAUCAUGGAAAGACCACCUUAACAGCAGCCAUUACCAAAGUAUUAUCAGACCUUGACUUAGCUCAGAGCAAAGGUUAUGCAGACAUCGACAAUGCCCCUGAAGAGAAGGCUCGAGGUAUCACCAUCAAUGUUGCUCACGUUGAGUACCAGACUGAAACCAGACAUUAUGGACACACAGACUGCCCGGGGCAUGCUGAUUACAUUAAGAACAUGAUCACCGGAACAGCGCAGAUGGAUGGAGCAAUCCUUGUUGUGGCCGCUACAGAUGGAGUCAUGCCGCAGACCCGAGAGCACUUGCUGCUUGCCAAACAGAUCGGCAUUGAGCAUGUGGUGGUGUUCAUCAACAAGGUGGAUGCUGCUGACCAGGAGAUGGUGGAGCUUGUCGAAAUGGAGAUCAGGGAGCUGAUGACCGAGAUGGGCUACGAUGGAGACAAAAUCCCAGUUGUCAAAGGCUCAGCUCUCUGUGCCCUCGAAGGCAAGAGCCCGGACAUCGGUUCCAACGCCAUCACGGAGCUGCUGAAGGAGGUGGACUCGUUCAUCCCGACGCCGGUGCGCGAGCUGGACAAGCCCUUCCUGAUGCCCGUGGAGUCUGUGCACUCCAUCCCUGGGCGAGGGACCGUCAUCACUGGCAGGUUAUACAGAGGCACACUGAAGAAGGGAACGGAAUGCGAGAUCGUGGGCCACGGCAAGGUCAUGAAGACGACCGUCACCGGCGUGGAGAUGUUCCACAAGACCCUGGAGGAGGCGCAGGCCGGAGACCAGCUCGGGGCCCUCGUCCGCUCCAUCAAGAGAGAGCAGAUCAAGCGAGGCAUGGUCAUGGCCAAGCCCGGCACUGCCAAGGCCUUUGACAACAUUGAAGCUGCAGUCUACAUCCUGAGCAAGGAGGAGGGAGGCCGCUCCAAGCCGUUCACCUCCUUCAUCCAGCUGCAGAUGUUCUCUAUGACCUGGGACUGCGCCACGCAGGUCACCAUCCCUGACAAGGAAAUGGUCAUGCCCGGUGAAGAUGCUAAACUGCAGCUGAAACUGAUGAAGCCCAUGGUGUGCGAGGCCGGCCAGAGGUUCACGCUGCGCAUGGGAGACAUGACCCUCGGCACCGGAGUCAUCACCAAGAUCAACAACAACUUGUCCGAAGAAGACAGGAUGAAGCUCACCGAAGGAAAGAAGGCCAGGGAGAAGGCCUCGUCGAAGAAGUGAAUUUCGUAGUAGUUUUAAGCUUAGGUACCCGUAGAUAAUUAUGUAUGUAUGCAUUUAAAGAUAUGUAAUUCUUAAAUAAAGUUUUGUUGUGAUAUUA